UGAUGAAUAGGGGAAAUAACUACCAGUCAGUACCAUUUGGUACUUACUUUAUUGUAGCGCUCAACGUGGGAAACAGGAUUCUAGUUCCAGUUUACUUAUUACAGUGAAGCAAGUCUUGAAACUUCUUUGUGCUCCAGCUUCCUCAUCAGUAGACUGGAAAUAAUGUCUAGAUGUUAGAGAUUUAAUGCUAUCAAAAAAUACUUUUGUAAACUGGUGCAUUUGCGCGCUUUUAUCAGCAAAUGUUCUUUGUAAAUCUUAAUGUCCAGUGUCCAUUACUUGUUGCUCUCAGUUGCUUCUAGGAGCAACUCCUCCCCGUUUGUAUUCUAAUCUGAUAUAGAGGCUGGGAAACCAUCUUAUUGAAAUUGUGUCUAAAAGUACUCAAAAUAAUGAAAGUUUCUCAAUAGUAGUAAAAAUGAAUUUGAUGUAUGAUUUUUGUGAUACCACUUGUGACAGUGUAGAAAUGUUUUUCCUUGAAAUAUGAUCUCCAGUUAAGUCUUACAUCAUUCAUUAUUCGUUAUUCAUUCAUCAGAUGUUUACUAGGUUAGGCAAGGCAAUCGUGGCCUUGUAAAUGCAUGCUAAUUUAGCAGUUAAACAGAAGAGUUUCUUGAGGAAUAUUUAAGGGGGCUUAGGGUUUUUUGCUUUUUCCUUUUUUUAAGGUUUUUUUUCACACAUAACCAAACUUCAAGAAGUACAGAAGGUGGAUUAAGUUACAACAGGGUGAAGAAUCUUAAAACCAUUUAUAACUUUUUCAGUCUCCACAUGUCUACUAUUUUCUAUAGUUCUGUUUUUUGUUUGUUUUGGAACUGGGGAUAGAUUGAACUUGGGCACUCGACCACCUAGCUACAUCCCCAGCACUGUUUUUAAUUUUAUUUAGAGAUAGGGUCUCACUGAGUUGUUUAGCGCCUUGCUUUUGCUGAGGCUGGCAUUGAAGUCCAGAUCCUCCUGCCUCAGCCUCCAGAGCUGCUGGGAUUACAGUCUUCUGACUAUAAAAUUAGGUUCUUGACGAGGCUGAAUACAUAAGUCUCAUCUUCAUUGUUUCCUGACCAGAAAGAGGGUUCUUCCUCUCUUGCUCCAUGUUGUAAAUCUUAAUUAAAUUAUAUAAAGACUUUUGGUUCUUAUACUUUUAGCUGGAUCAAUCAAUCACUGUAUUAUUUAUUUAGUAGCUAGUGUUACAUAUGGAAUUAAAAUUUCUUAAGCAGGGAAGGAGGGAAUGGGGGUAGUAAAGAUGGUGGAAUGAGAUGGACAUCAUUACCCAAGUUCAUGUAUGAUGACACAAGUGGUGUGACUUUACUUUGUGUACAAGCAGAGAAAUAAAAAUUUGUGCUCCAUUUGUGUACUAUAAAUCAAAAUGCAUUCUGCUGACAUGUCUAACUAAUUAGAAUGAAUAAAUUUUUUAAAUUGCUUAAGCAAAAAAUUAUUAUUGGCAAAUUGUGGUAGAGUCAUUUGUUUACAAUUCUUCCAUCUCCCUUCUUCCUCAGUACAGUUUCAUUGUAGAAAGAGUGACUUUCCCACUUUUUGACUUUGUUCAUAGCUAGUUGGGUAGACUUCUAAGAAUUGCCUUUUUUUUUUUUCCUCCUGCUUGCCCCUUUGAAUUUCUGACCUUUGCCAUGAGAAUGGCCUGUCUCAGGGAUACCCAGCUUCUUCAGCAGUUAUUUACUGGUUUAUUAUAAAGGAUAUUACAAAGGAUACAGAUUUAGAGUUGUUUAGGGUGAGGUAUGUGGGAAGGUGUGCAGAACUUUCAUGCCCUCUCUGAACCCACCACUUUCCAGGAGCCUUCACAUAUUCAGCUAUCUGGAAGUUCCAGGGUUUACUUUGAAAAAUUAAAAAUAAUAUAAGGCCAUUAAUGAUGAUAAGAUUAAGCUUUCACCUUUAGUGAAGUUUCUUAGUUUUGAGUAUCUGUGGGUACCUUAAAAUGCUAAAAUAUUUAUUUUAUAAGCCAAUUAAAAUUACCUAUUUAGUUCUUUUGGUACCAAGGAUUGAACCCAAGGUGUUCUAUCACUGAGCUACAUUGCCAGUCCUUUUUAUUUUGAAACAGAUUAAUCUGAAAUUCUCAUUUUCCAAAGUAAAGGUAACAAAGUACUGAUUGAUCAUGUACAAUAAAGAAGGAAAUUCCUCUACUUCAUCUACUUUUAGUUUAUCUUCAGUGGAAUAGUUAAGAGUCUGAAGUCAUUCUGCCUAGCAGGACUAGCCACAUAAUUUGUAGGGACCUGUGCAAAAUUAAAAUGCAGGGCACUUGUUAAAAAACAUUCUUAAAAAUUUCAUAGUAGUAGCAGCAGAGUAUUAAACCAAGUGCUGGGCCCCUGUGCACCAUAUAGAUCCAGGGCCUGUGAAGCUGCCCUAUUGCUUUGUUUUGAAUUCUAAAUUUUGUUGCUUAUUGGCACUGGUAUCUUGAGCAAAUUACUGUGCCUGCUUCCUUGUCUGUAAAAGAGGGAUAAAAUCAUUAUGUAUCAUUGAUUGUGUUUUAAAGAGUUAACAAGGGCUGGGGAUGUGGCUCAAGCAGUUAGCACGCUUGCCUGGCAUGAGCAGGGUGCUGGGUUCGAUCCUCAGCACCACAUAAAAAUAAAGAUGUUGUGUCCAUCAAAAACUAAAAAAUAAAUAUUUAUUUUUUUAAAGAGAGAGAGAGAACUUUGAGUUAACAAAUACCAAGUAUGCAAGUGUCAGCUAGUACUGCUUUAUCACUCAUAGAACAGGACCAUCUGGUUAGAGAAAAAUCACAGAACUAUAAAUAUUUACUGAUUAAAUUCAUUAAAGGCUUCACAGGCUAAUUCUUCUGUGCAAUUUCCUCAUGAAAUUAGUAACCCUUUUUGUGUAGCUUCCAGUCAACAUUUUAUUAUAAAUUCUGGCAACUUUAAGGGAAAAGGGAAUCUAGUUAAGAGUUUUGUUAAUAUUUAUCUAAAUUCCCUUUUGAGGUUUCUUUAAACGUCAUGCUUUUAUAUGUGAAAUAACAUGAUCAAAUGUUUUAAUAGGGUAUUACCUUGAGGAACUAAAACAAUUUACUUUUCCCAGAAUAUUAGUUGGACACCAGCAGAUCUGCAUACCUGAGAAAAACAAUAUUUUUUUGCCCAUCUUUCACAUGAGAUUUUAUACAGCAGCUUCAAAAAUGGUCCAACUACCAGGGACAAAUACUAAAAUGUAUGCCUAUGAAAAACCUGUUUAGGAUGGAUGGUAAGCUUAUUAAUUUGAUAUGAGAGUUUUAAUCAUCACAGUUUACAUUCUUUCUUCAAUAUUGUUCAACUUAGGUAUAGUGUUACAGCACAACUUGAUCUGAAUUCUGAGGGGGAAAAUGCUUAAUAUUCUAUGUAAUAAACUACAUUUUAAUUUUUUCCUAUCCAAGAAGAGUAACUUUUGGCUUAAUAUAAACACAACAACCUGUCAUUCUUUUUAUAGUCCCUGUAUCCAGCAGUGCCUAAAUCAUGAAUUAAAGACAAAAAGAACUUGUAAAAUGAAUUUUAAAUUUAUUACUACUUAGAAUGUAUCUUGCUUUUCUGUGGUAUGCCACAUAUUUUAAAUGCUUGCUUGCAUAUAAUUAUUUUCAAAUUUGUGUAAUUUCAUCUGUAUUUACAAAUGAGGAAACUCGAUUCUAAGAGCUUAAUUACCUUAACCAAGAUCACAUUUGAAUUAACUAGUCCACUUGUUUCCAUGUCCAGGUUUAAGCCCUGUCUUCCUAAAUUUUGUGACCUCAGGCAAGAUAUUUAAUAUCACUGUACCUUUAUUUCUUCAUCUGUUGAAAUGGAGAUAACACCACCUAGACUGUAGGAUUUUUGAAGCAAAUGACUUAGUAAUACGUCAAGUCCCUUGAAGAGUGCCUGGCAUGAAACCUUACUGGAAAGAUGAAACCUGAUGAAACGCCAAUGUUUGACCCAAGUCUACUCAAAGAAGUGGACUGGAGUCAGAAUACAGCAACAUUUUCUCCAGCCAUUUCUCCAACACAUCCCGGAGAAGGUUUGGUUUUGAGGCCUCUUUGCACUGCUGACUUAAAUAGAGGUUUUUUUAAGGUACUGGGUCAGCUAACAGAGACUGGAGUUGUCAACCCUGAACAGUUUAUGAAAUCUUUUGAGCAUAUGAAGAAAUCUGGGGAUUAUUAUGUUACAGUUGUGGAAGAUGUGACUGUAGGACAGAUUGUUGCUACAGCAACUCUGAUAAUAGAACAUAAAUUCAUCCAUUCCUGUGCUAAGAGAGGAAGAGUAGAAGAUGUUGUUGUUAGUGAUGAAUGCAGAGGAAAGCAGCUUGGCAAAUUGUUAUUAUCAACUCUUACUUUGCUAAGCAAGAAACUGAACUGUUAUAAGAUCACUCUUGAAUGUCUACCAGAAAAUGUUGGUUUCUACAAGAAGUUUGGAUAUACAGUAUCUGAAGAAAACUACAUGUGUCGGAGGUUUCUACAGUAAAAAUCUUGAGAGGAUCUAAUGCUACAGCACUUCAUUCUUCCUAGAAUAAAAAAAACAUUUUUGUUACUGCAACCCAGUGACCUCCAUAAUGCUGGACUGAAAAAACAUUGGACUACUACAAGUUUAAUGACAUUUAGAAGAUAAAUACUUUGAGAUGGUGGGACAGUCUGUGAGUUUAGAUUACAAAUGAAUAUUAUCAAAGGGGAUGAUUUUUAACCAAAGGAAUAUAUUUUUAACUUGAAUCUUUUCUUGCAUUGUAUUUUUCUAAAGUUUGGCUUCAUUUCUUGAUAGUCAAGAGUAUGGGUAGUAAGGAGUUAUAGGUCUGCUGUCUUUGCUGCUCAUUUUUAAAAAGUAUACAUUCACAAAAUUAAAUAUCUUGUUUCAAAGAAACAUCUAAAUAAACCUAGAGGUGUAUCAUUUCUCACAUAUUAUAGGAAGUUGGAUAAAUUACUUAGAACUAAGUUUGUCCAUCUUAAUGUUGGCAAACAACUUUGUCAACAUUGUAAAGAAAGAAGAUUUUAAGUACAGUAGUUUAAAUGUUUCAGUAAAACUUCAUAUAGUUCCUAUGGAGAUCAAGUACCACCUGUCUUACUGUGAAACAAUAAAUUUGCCCAAGGGCAAAUAAAACAGGCCAUCCAAGGUACACUUUUGUGGAAUUGUGUGUGGUACUAGUGAUUGAACCCAAGGUAAAGUACCUUUUUAAUAGUGAACUAGCAACUCUAGGCAUACCCCAGUUUCUCUUUUCAUGGGUAUCUGAAACCUUUCUUUUGUCAAACAUUUUUAUGAAACAUGGACAGAUUAUAAAAUUUGAGUGAUAUUUAAAAAUGUAUGGUACUAUAAUUGCCACAUCGUUAAAAUACUGAGGGAAGCUUUUAUAUUUAAUGUGAUUAUAAUGGUACUAUUAUUCUGAUCACUAUCUUGUUUUGAUUUUAUUUAUUUCAAUUAUUUUUUAAAGUUGAAGAAUUAGAUACUUAUUAAUGGUUCUAAUCUUUUGCAUUCCAUGUUACAUUAAACCUGUUCAUAUAAAUUGUCUGUUAAAAUCCUG